CCAUGCACCUUCCAUUUUCACAAGGGAAGUGAGUUUCUGGAAAAUCCAUUCCUCAUAUAUAUUCAUUUCCAUCUCCAUUGGAAGAAGAAGAAAAAAGAGAACAACUAGUUUAGAAAUUAGAACUGUUAUUGUAUAUGCAGAGGAACAACAUGAUGAAUGCACCCAAGAGUGGGCGUGAUUCUAAGAACAAGAGGUUCCUCCUCCUCGGCGUCUCCUCCAUCCUUCUGGUUGCGAUGGUGGCUGCGGUCGCGGUUGGCGUCAGCCGCGUACCCCCCAAAGGGGAAGAAGGGCACUCUCCGGGGAGCGGCCAAAUCAGCAGCAAUCAGAGGAAUGUAGAUAUGCUCUGCCAAUCAACAGAGUAUAAACAAACCUGCCACAAAAGCCUUAAAAAAGCAUCAAACCAAACCACAGACAUCAAAGAGCUUGUGAAAACCGCGUUCAACACAACAGCAGAGGAAUUGUUAAAGCACAUACACAACUCCACCCUCUACCAUGAGCUAGCAAAAGACAACAUGACAAGACAAGCCAUGGACAUAUGUAACGAGGUCUUAAGCUAUGCUGUUGAUGGAAUUCACAAAUCCAUUGACAAUUUGGACAAAUUUGAAUUCAGCAAGUUGAGUGAAUAUGCUUAUGAUCUCAAGGUUUGGCUCACCGGCACACUUACUCACCAGCAUACAUGUUUGGAUGGGUUUGAGAACACGACGACGGAAGCAGGGAAGACCAUGGCUAAGGCUCUAAACAUGUCUAUGCAGCUGAGUAGCAAUGCAAUUGACAUGGUCAAUGCUGUGUCAACCAUGCUUAAUGAUUUGAACCUGGACGCUCUUGUGGGUAGCAGCAGUAGGAGGUUGCUUUCAGAGGAAGCGCCGUUUGUGGAUGGUUUUCCGUCGUGGGUGAAUGAGGGGCAGAAGCGGCUUCUGCGGGCUGCUGGGCCGGGGAACGUGAAGCCGAACGUGAUUGUGGCACUUGAUGGGAGUGGACAGUUCAAGACGCUUGGGGAGGCUCUUAAGACUGUUCCGCCGAAGAAUGCACAUCCUUUUGUGAUUCAUGUGAAGGCUGGUGUGUAUAAGGAGAUUGUGAAUGUGGGGAUAGAUAUGACACAUGUUACUAUCAUUGGAGAUGGUCCUAAAAAGACUAUAUUUAGUGGUAGCCAAAACUAUGUUGAUGGGGUCCAGACAUAUAACACAGCAACCUUCGGAGUGAAUGCUGCUAACUUCAUGGCAAAGGACAUCGGUUUCGAGAACACAGCAGGAUCAGAAAAGCACCAAGCAGUGGCACUCCGAGUAACAGCAGACCAAGCAGUGUUCCACAACUGCGCAAUGGACGGCUUCCAAGACACCCUCUACGUCCAAUCCCAACGCCAAUUCUACCGCGACUGCACCAUCACCGGCACCAUUGACUUCGUCUUCGGCGACGCCUUCGGAGUCUUCCAGAACUGCAAGCUCAUCGUCCGAAAGCCCUCCGUCGAAUCCCAACAAUGCCUCGUCACCGCCGGCGGAAGAACAAAAGCCGACAGCCCCAGUGCCCUUGUCUUCCAGAGCUGCCACUUCUCCGGCGAGCCUGACGUGGCAAGGUUAAAGACCAAAAUAUCCUUCCUCGGACGACCAUGGAGAGCGUUCUCCAAAGUUGUCAUCAUGGAUUCAAUCAUUGAUGAUGUUUUCUCACCAGAAGGUUACAUGGCAUGGAUGGGAAGUGCUAACAAGAACACAUGUACGUAUCUUGAGUAUAAUAACAAGGGUCCUGGUGCUAACACGAAAGCAAGGGUAAAGUGGCCUGGUGUGAAGACUAUCACUUCUUCUCAAGCAGCUGAUUACUAUCCAGGAAAGUUCUUUGGGCUUGUGAAUUCCACUGAGCGUGAUGCUUGGAUUGUUACCUCUGGGGUGCCUUACUCCCUUGGUCCUAUGGCUGCUAAAAUGUAGGUAGUGUUAGGGUCAAUGAGUGUUCCUAUUUAGUAUGUUGAUGUCCUUAGAGGUCUCUGAUACAAUUGAAUGAUAGGUUAUGUGUGUGUUCUUAUGCAUGUUUGGUUUAGAUAUAUAAGAGUCUUGGAUUGGACUUUUAUGAAUAGGGAAAGUAGUAGAUGUUGGAAAAGCUAUCAUAUUCAUCUAAUGUGACUUUUGAGUAUGACUUAGGCUUUUCAACAAAUUCACCCUUUUAGGGUGUGUUUGUGUAGGUAUUAGUAUAAAUGUAAAAGAACUUAUAUAAUUAAAUUUAGUGUGUAUUCAAAAGUUAAAUGCAACGUGAAUGAACUUUUAUUUCUACUUAUAAAAA